GCGAAACUAAAAGUUCUUGGAAUAUAGAUAAAAAUUGUGAAGUUAAUGUGUAAAUUAAAGGAAUGAAAAUUCACGCCCAUUCAAUGUCGGAUAAAAGUUAAAAAUAAUUACUUUUUAUAGGCGAAUAUCUUACAGAUUUAAUUCGAGCGUCCUUUAAACGAACUAGUCAUGAAGAAAUAUUUUCUAAUAUUCUUAAGUUUAUUCGUGAGUACGGUUGCAUUUCGAGGCAAUUCUAAUAGAGCAAGUUCACUCGGAAGUAGCAGUCAAUCAUCAAAUCAAUUAAAUAUUGGUCUAAUUGCUCCGCAUACAAAUUUUGGCAAGCGUGAAUAUCUUAGAGCAAUAAACUUGGCCGUUACGGGUUUAUCAAAAUCACGUGGUCAAAAAUUAACGUUCCUAAAAGAUUAUGAAUUUCAACCAGCCAACAUCCACUUUGAAUCAUUAACAUUGAAUCCAAGUCCGACAGCAAUUUUGACAAUUUUAUGUAAACAAUUUUUACACGCAAAUGUUUCUGCAAUUUUAUAUUUGAUGAAUUACGAGCAGUAUGGUCGAUCAACAGCAAGUGCUCAAUAUUUUCUACAAUUGGCUGGAUAUUUAGGAAUUCCUGUAAUUAGCUGGAAUGCAGACAAUUCAGGUCUUGAACGUAGAGCUUCUCAAUCAACACUUCAACUUCAAUUAGCACCGACAAUUGAGCAUCAAACAAAAGCCAUGCUUAGUAUUCUCGAACGAUACAAAUGGCAUCAAUUUUCAAUUGUCACAUCUCAAAUUGCCGGUCAUGAUGACUUUGUGCAAGCAAUUAGAGAACAUGUGGCUGAAAUGCAGGAUCGAUUUAAAUUCACAAUCCUCAAUUCGAUUAUUGUCACGCGUCCUAGUGAUUUAACGGAUUUGAUAAACAGUGAAGCUCGAGUCAUGCUGCUUUACUGCACAAAAAGUGAGGCAAUAGAUAUCUUAAAAGCAGCUGAGACACAUCAUUUGACUGGAGAAAAUUAUGUGUGGGUUGUGACGCAAUCUGUUAUUGAAAAUACUCAGCCUCAUUCGAGUUUUCCAGUUGGCAUGUUGGGCGUUCAUUUUGAUACAUCAUCAGCAAGUCUCGUCAAUGAAAUCGCAACAGGAAUUAAAGUUUAUGCAUCUGGUGUUGAAGCUUAUUUAAAUGAUAUCCAUAAUAAAGGAAGGAAAUUGAACACACACGGAUUAUCAUGUGAAGACGAAGGCCGUGGAAGAUGGGACAUGGGAGAAGUGUUCUUUCGGUAUUUACGAAACGUGUCAAUUGAAGGAGAUCUAAAUAAGCCUAAUGUUGAGUUUAAUGCCGAUGGUGAUUUGCGGUCAACAGAAUUGAAAAUCAUGAAUUUAAGGCCAAGUGUAACUUCAAAAGGAAUUGUAUGGGAGGAAAUUGGCGUUUGGAAGUCAUGGCAAACGAAUGCUCAACAGCAGCUUGAUAUUAGGGACAUUUACUGGCCUGGAAACUCUCAUGCACCGCCACAAGGUGUUCCAGAAAAGUUCCAUUUGAAAAUUACAUUUUUGGAAGAAGCACCUUACAUAAAUUUAUCACCUCCUGAUCCAGUAUCCGGUAAAUGUUUGAUGGAUAGAGGAGUAAUUUGUCGUGUAGCACCUGAUGCUGAUGUUGUGGAUAUUGAUCAAGCUCAUAAGAAUGGAUCUUACUUCCAAUGUUGCAGUGGAUUCUGUAUCGAUUUAUUAGAAAAAUUUGCAGAAGAACUAGGCUUUACGUAUGAGCUUGUCAGAGUUGAAGAUGGUCGUUGGGGUGUCUUAGAUAAUGGAAAAUGGAAUGGAUUAAUUGCAGAGUUAGUAAAUAGAAAAACAGAUAUGGUCCUUACAUCUUUAAUGAUUAAUGCUGAAAGAGAAGCAGUCGUUGAUUUUAGUGAGCCAUUCAUGGAAACAGGCAUUGCAAUUGUAGUGGCAAAAAGAACUGGAAUUAUAUCACCAACAGCUUUCUUAGAACCUUUUGAUACAGCAUCAUGGAUGCUUGUAGGAAUAGUCGCAAUUCAAGCAGCUACAUUUAUGAUCUUUUUAUUUGAAUUUUUAUCUCCAAGUGGUUUUGAUAUGAAAAUGGCAGUUCCUCAAGCAGCUCAAGGAAAGAAUGGCGUAUUGCCUUACAGAUUCUCACUAUUUCGUACUUAUUGGCUUGUUUGGGCUGUACUUUUUCAAGCAGCGGUGCAUGUUGAUUCACCGAGGGGAUUCACAGCAAGAUUUAUGACAAAUGUAUGGGCUAUGUUUGCUGUCGUCUUCCUUGCUAUAUACACUGCUAAUUUGGCAGCCUUUAUGAUUACCCGCGAAGAGUUUCAUGAGUUUUCCGGAUUGGAUGAUACUCGAUUGUCAAGGCCAUUCUCAAUAAAGCCACCAAUUAAAUUUGGCACAAUACCAUAUAGUCACACAGAUUCAACAAUUGCAAAGUAUUUUAAGGAAAUGCACUGGUACAUGAGGAAAUUCAAUAAAACAUCAGUCUCGGAAGGGGUUUCAUCAAUUCUUAGUGGAUCUCUCGAUGCUUUUAUCUAUGAUGGCACAGUUUUAGACUAUUUAGUUCAACAAGAUGAAGAUUGUCGAUUAUUGACUGUUGGUCAAUGGUAUGCCAUGACAGGAUAUGGGCUGGCAUUUUCAAGGAAUUCCAAAUAUGUCAAUAUGUUUAAUAAACGCUUACUUGAAUUCAGAGCAAACGGUGAUUUGGAAAGAUUGAGAAGAUAUUGGAUGACAGGAACAUGUCGAUUAAAUAAACAGGAACACAAGUCUUCAGACCCAUUGGCUCUAGAACAGUUCUUGUCUGCAUUCUUAUUACUUAUGGCUGGAAUUUUGUUGGCUGCACUGCUGCUUCUUUUGGAAUAUUUGUACUUUAAAUAUUUCAGAGCACGUUUGGCAAAAUCAGAUAGAGGCGGAUGUUGUGCAUUAAUAUCUCUUUCAAUGGGUAAAUCGCUAACAUUCAGAGGAGCUGUUUUUGAAGCUACAGAGCUAAUUAGAAACCAUAGAUGCAAAGAUCCUUUAUGUGAUACUCAUUUAUGGAAAGUAAAGCAUGAAUUGGACAUGUCAAGAUUACGUGUUAGACAGCUUGAGAAGACAAUGGAUGCGAAUGGACUUAAACCUCCUCAAAUCAAGAUAACUUCAAUGUCAAACUUAAUAAGCGAUCGACAUGAGAAGCCACACAUUCUUGGUAGUUUGAGUCUCGGUGGAAGUGCUCAAGAUUUAUAUCGAUGGACUUACAAGACAGAGAUUGCUGAAAUGGAAACAGUACUCUAAAUAUGCUCAAAAUGGUACUUUAAACAUGAUCUGUGCUAAUGCGCGGAGACUCAAAUAGAUUUAAAUAAAUAUUGUUAAUCUUUGAUGUAAUUUAAAAACUUAAAAGAAGGAAAAAAAUAACUAAGUGUGGUGUACAAAAUAUACAUACUACAAUAGCCACAACAAUAGCAACAAGAAAUUAUAAAGUGAAGUGCACGAGCAUUAUGUAAGCAGCUGUUUUGUGCGGCUCUAGAUAAAUACAUGCGAAUUUUGGUAUUUUACAUACAAUUUUUUAUAAAGCAAUUAAAAAUAAUUUUUGCUAGACGGAAACUUUAAGAAAUGGAAUAACUUUUUGAUAUAAAUUGCAAUUCAUUUCCAUUAAAAUCCUCAACUAAUUCGAACAAACCUUUUCGAUCGCUAGUUGCUCAUUAUAUUGUUAGAAAAAAACCAAGGAGUAUGACUUAGGGUACUAGUAAGAUAAACACUAGACUAUAAAGUGUAGGGAAACCUCUGGAUAAGGCUCGAAGAGCAUAGGGCUUGAGCAUAGGGCUCGCGUUGAAACUGGUUACACGUGCAUGACGGGUAGCCGAAGUGAGAUAAGUACCUCUGUGGAAGAUUUGCAGAACUCUAAUCGAUUGGUCAGAGAUCGCCUCUUUUGAAGUCGUGGGUUCGAUUCCCAUCAAACCCGACUUGUUUUACAUUAGUAUACCCAUGCUUGUUCAUACCUUUAAGGAAUUUGAGCAACAGGCAACUUGAUAAUAAUAAAUCAAUUAAUAAACGAUCCUUAAAUAUUUUGUUAUGUUUUAUAGAUCCACAGUGGUGUAUUAACUAUUGUUGAACAUUUUUUACAUUAUGAAAUCCUAAGUGAAUUUCCUAAAAUGGACCUUUUUGAAUUUCCAAGAAUUUAUGUUGAAUCUUAACGAAAAUCUCUAGUGUCUAAAAAUGAUCAUUAAAGAAUUUAAUGGACGUGAAAAUUUUAAAAUUAAUAAACUAAGCUUAAAUAAUGACAAGAAUUAAGUGGCAAUGAAUAUUCAUUUAUACACAAUAAUAAAAUAAUAACAGUUUAGCAAACAAUAGACCAUAGAUAAGUAAAUGUACCCACCUACCGUAAAGAUUAACUAUCAUUUGAAGGAAGGAAGGAAAUUGCCACAAAUCCUAUAACUAAUGACAAAAAUGAAACGAAAUAUUGAAAAGUAUAAUGUUAACAAAUCAUGUUCUGUACCAUUAUUAUGACUAUUCUUAUUAUUAUUGAGUGUAUGUUAUUCAAAAUGUAUUAAACAAAUAAAUUGUUUAUUGGAUAUUUAAAAUAAUAUUUAUUGUGUUUUUACUUUUGAAAGUUCUAAUGUGAAGCUUUUGAUUUUCGCGCGUAUUUUUGUGUCACUCAAAAGUUCGUUUCUCAAUUUAAUGCAAAAAAGGUAAGAUUUCAAAAUAAAACAACGAAGUUACUAGUGCAAAACUUACUGUUCUUCUUGAUCUAUCUAGUAAGUAUUGAAACUUCGCGGGAUUAUUGAACUGAGUGUUUUGACAAAAAAAAAAUACCUAAGAAAAUCUGUCGAUUUGUUUAUUGCAGAGUUGCGAUCUGUCACUUGCCUGUCAACAGUUUUGAUGAAUUUUUGCAAUGCCUGACAGUAAGCGCGUAGCCAGGAUUCUUUUUCCCCUCUUAAAUAUUUUGAAUCGCAGCGAGAGCACUGUCUAAAACGCUUAAGAAAGGGAUAAUACCCUCCUGGCAACGCGCCUGCCUGACAGUGUCUGUGACAGAUCUAUCCUCUGUGCCUGUUGACAUGUGACCUGUCUCGCAACUCUGGUUUAUUAUUACAAAAUGCGACGGUUAAUACUUAAUUUAUAGGAAGUCAAGUAAAAUUUAAAGUUUUCUAAGUUUCAAGGCAUUCAAUUCAACAGAAUUUGAAGCUUACAGGACCCUUUUCCAGUUUGUAGUCAGAAAACUGUAAGUUCAACUACUUAUCGCAAGUUCAUUGAACCAACAAAAAUUUUAGGAUUCUAUUAUUUGUAUGAGAGUGAGAAUCAUUGUUCUGAAUGUUUCAAUUUCUUGACUAAGUUUAUUCAAGGCAAAGCUUCACUUCUUUGCAUGAUCAUUAAGAUGAUAAUGUACUGCUGGUUGCCACUGAGUCGGGAGAUUUUGAUGUUGUGAAUAUUAUAAUAAAAUUGGGCUUUGAAACAAAAUCGCAAUUCAAAAGUAUUAACACUCAGUUUUUGGCCUAUGAUGGACAACAUUUUGAUGUUCUUUUGAUAUUUCUUAGGUUGAAUUUGGAAUAUCCAGUUGCAAUGGAUGUUAGUCAGUGUUCUUUUAAUGUUCUAAAUUUUCUAAAUGUUUCCAAUUACUUUAUAAAAAUAUUAAAGUCAACAAUACAAGUGAUUUUAAGAAUAUCGUGAUUAGGACCUGAAGUUAACGUUACUUUUACAAAAUUUUUAAAGGAAUCAGCAGUAACAGUUACAUUAAAAUGAAAAUAUUAGUAAAAUUUACAAGUUCCUGAUGACAAAUGGUGUUUAUUUUGGUGCAUAUGAAAAUACAAAAACUAAUAUGGAAGAUUUGGAUUAUGACACAUAAAGUGUCGUUCGAGAAUUUAACUUUAAACAUUUAAGAUCCAAAAAUGAAUUCCACACAUGAUGAUAACAUCUUCAAAUUGGAUUGUUUGCAAGAAACAUUACAAAAUGUUUUUCUUACUUCUGAUAUUAAGUUUCAAUAUGGAACUGUCUAAAUUAAUUUCAAUGGCAUCAACUUCUACUCAUUCUCACAAAUCAAAGAAAUUCUGAUUCUAAAUAAUAUUCAUUACCAAUUUUAUACUUUUUUCAGCAUCUUUUGAAACCUUAAAAUUUGACCCAUUUUUGGAAUACGAUUCAUCUUCAUUAGUCAUAGUUGAUGUUUCAGAAAAGUCACCCGUAGUUGAAACCUCAAUAUUUUCCUCAGUUACUGUAUCUUCUAUUAUUGAUAGUUGAGAAUCGCCAGUAGUAUCGUAAAGAGACUGUGUUGAGUCGUUUGGUUCUUCAGAAGUUGACUCGGUGUUUUCUGUAAUAUCAUCAUAUGUAGAUUCAGUGUUUGAGUCAGUUUUAGUUAAAAUUGUAUCCUUUGUUUCAGCGUCUAGUGUUAUUGUGGAAUCAUCAACUAUGCUGAACUCGUCUAAGUCUGUUACUGCAUCAACAGUAUAAUAUGAAUUCAACUCAGUUUCAACAAUAUCAAUUUCUUGAGUUUCUUCCUUAAAUAGUAAAGCUUUUAAUCCUUCAAUCUCCUUUGCAGCAUUUCGUAUUUUAGCUUCGAAUUCUUUUUUGAGAACUUUUAUAAAAUUUUGAAGGUCUUUAACUUUUCGAUGCAUUUCUGCCUUUUCGUCUUCAAGUUUACUUAUUUCAGCCCUAUCAGCUCGCCUGUGUGUUGCGUAAUUUAAAGCAAUUUCUUCUUCAAAUCUUUUAAUAGAUUCAUGUGCGUUUGAUAAGUCAUUGGACAUGCUUAAUAGAUCUGACUCUUUCUGAACGAGUUCUUUUUCUAAGAUUAUAAUUCUAGCUUUUUGAACUUUAAGAUCUAUUUCAAGUCUGAAGAUUUGGCUGUCAUUUGAAAAUAUAUUCAGCUGUUUUCUUACUUUACUUAGUUCUUUUUGGUUUUUAUUGUUGACUGAUUUCUCCUUUAGCAAUCUAGAUUCGAGCUUUUCGAUUUUUUCUUGGUAAAUUUGUUCAAUGCUCAUUAUUGUCGUUGACUCAAUUUUAUGUUCAAUUUUCACAAAAUUACCAGAGCAUUUUUGGUUAAUUUCUACUAGAAUAUUUGCAGUCAGAACUAAUGGAACUAGUUGUGGUGAAUUAUUGGAUUUUAUCAUUUUAUAUUUGGCAAAUUUUUUUGAUAUGCAAAUAUUAUUUGAAAGAUCCAAGUUUACCAAGCUCUUCAAAUUAUUGAAAACUAAUGAACCAAUUCUUGUGAUCUUAUUAUUGUAGAACCAAAUUAAUUGGAGCUCGGUAUUGAAAUCAAAUAAUCCGUCAUCAAGAACUUCAAUGUGAUUUUUAUCCAGAUUAAGAUAUUUCAACUUUGUCAGCGAUCUUAAGUCACUUUGAUGAAGUUUCUUCAAUUUUCCAUUCUUGAUUGUCAAAGCUACUAAGUUGGGCAUUUUGUCUGCUAAAUUUGAUGGAAUAAAAUAAAUAUCAGCUUUGUCAAUCGUAAGUGCUGUGACUGAUUCAGUAGAUUGGUCAUUAAUGUGAAUUCCCAGAAUAUUCUCAAUCGUUGUAUUUGAUUCGACAAUUUUCAAAUCAUUUUUAAUAAAGCACAUGUACUGAAGUGAAACUGUUGCAAAUUUAUAAAAAUUGAAUUCACAUUUCAAGUCAACUGAUGCUGCAUUCACAUUAGAUGUGACGAGUGUCAAUAAAAGGAGCAAACUUUUUACUGACAUCGUUCUGGAUUCAAUUAUUUUAUAUAUGUUGUUUAAGCAGUGUUGAUUUAUGCUUAUUAUCACUUCAAAU